UGCAAUAUCUACAGUUGAAGAAAGAAAGAACAAGAAGAAGCCACAAGGCAAUAUCCCAUCUCUAUGCGUGUUCGUCGUCUCUUCUUUUUUUGUAUACACAAUGGUUUACCCUGCCAGUCGCCGCCGACCCGUCUAUUAUUGUUUUGUUUUGUUGGUUGGUUGGUGUUUCGUGGUGAUGUCGUCCCAUAUGUUUGUUCCGCCAACGCCUCGAAAUCCCAAAGAUGAGUGUAGUGUGUGUUGCUGGUCAGAAUGCCUUUCCCACGGGUAUCCGCUCGUGUUCGCCGCCGCCAGAAAUACCCAGUUGCAACGCUAUGCAGAAACGCCUCCCGAAAAUACGCCAGAGUUGAAAUGUCCGCCCAUUGUCGUAAGACGCCGAUGCUGAGAGGAAUUGGUGGUGGUGGUGCGGAGGGCGACCUCCGAUGACGGAGUCGGCUCCCCCUUUUUUU